AUGACCAUAUCACCUAGCAGUCCUCCUGGAUCACCCACACAUUACACAAUACAGAUGCAAGUAGUUCCCACACCAGCAGGGGACACGACACAUCUGGGCUACGACGAUGACGAGUUCAGUGACUUUGGCGCAGAUCCUGAAGAGCUAGCAGUGAUCGAGCGGCUUUUGCAAGAGGCGGCAGAGAAGACCCAGCAGUCUGCGAUUCAAACUGCGCCAGCGCCAGCGACAGUCAUAGAUAUCGAAGACUAUGAAGCACCACAGGCUGUUCAUCUGUCUGAGAUGUUUAAUCUGCAGUCUACACAACCUUGGAAUCACGCAGCCCAGACCGAGAAUCGACAGCUUCAGUCAAGCCUGGUCCAGAUCAUAUGCGACGAGAGUGCUGUGGCGAGGAGUGAAAGUCAAGACAAGGAAACCGAGAUAUCGGAAUCCAGUGGAGAGUCACCUCAUCUGGCGGACGCGAAAGCAGAGCCAGCAGAGCCUACAACGCCGCAGAACAAUACAAGGUCUCCUCUCGAACGAUUUCGAAGACCCCCUAAGAAACCCAUCUCUGUCACAGAUCUCACAUCUCCUGCCUGGUGUGAGUUGCAAUACUAUUAUAUUCUCAGUAGCAAAACAGGUCGCAAGAAACCGACCUCGGCCAUGAAACAAGGAACUACGGUCCACAAGGUCCUGCAAGAAGAAGUACAUGUGACUGUCCCUGUCAAAAUCACAAAACGAGAAGAUAACUGGGGCCUGAAGGUGUGGAACAUAAUCCAGGGCUUGAGGACUCUGAGGGAGACUGGCAGAACUCGAGAAUUCGAAGUUUGGGGAACAGUCGGUGGCGAACUGGUCAAUGGUGUGAUUGACGAGUUGAGCUACGAUUGCCCCGAUCCAAAGCUCGAAGAACAGAGUCUCAGAUCGAUGGGAAAGCAGGACAGUGAGCCUCCGAUUCCCGAAUAUCAGACAAGCAUAAGGGAAUAUCUUGUCUCUAGCGAGCAUCGGGAACAGAGUCAAACAAUCGCUGAUGCUCUGUCCGGCAGUAACAGCCAGCAACAACCAGUGUCAAGCAAUUCGAAACGUGACAAACGUAUCUACAUCACCGACGUAAAGACCCGAGGGGUUUCGUCUUUGCCCACCGGUUCGAGUCUUCGACCUACGAUCGUCCAAUUACACCUGUACCACCAUCUACUGGAGAACUUCGCCCAAGGAAACUUCCCGCUCGAGCAUUUGGCAACGCGGUUCAAAUUCGACGUAGGCGAACCUUUCUCUGACUCAUUCAUCGCACAGAUAGCAAACCUCAACCAGGAAGCCUUUGACUGCGUGAACUCCUCCAGAGAGGAUGGCAUGGAAGUUGAUUUCGACGAGGAUGACUUUGUCCCUUCAACGCAAGACUCAUUCGAGAUCAUUCUCCAGCACAACAAUAUAUCGAGUCUCUGGCAGUAUAUGCUCAACCAGUUUCAGGAGACGUUCAUGGUCCGAUCGCCUGCCUCCUCCACCGAUGCGAUCUCGGUUACCAUGUCCCAAACCCAAUCGACAUCACAAACCGGACAUGAAUCGCCAAGUUCGAGACCUCAAUCGAUCUCGUCGCUUGAAUUUCCAUCUCAAAUGACUCUCCCAACCCUCCUAUCCCCACUGCUUACGGCUAAAUACCUCUCUUCAAAGCUCAAAUCCAACUCGGACCCAUUCCGGCCCCGUCUCCUCGGCUCCAAGAGCAUCAUCUUCAACCCGUCAUUCCUCAGAAGCUACUUGUACGACUCGCUGGCGUUCUGGCGCGGCGAGCGGGAGCCCAAGGGCGUGGUGCUCUCAGACGCGUGGAAAUGCAGCGUCUGCGAGUUUCGGGAUGGCUGUGAUUGGAUCAAGGAGCAGGACCAACGCGCCCUCAACGAGAGCUUGGAGAGGAGACGCGUGAGAGCGGAGGGUGUUGAUGGUGGAGUGGUAGGCCGUGAGGUGACGAGGAGUCAUGUCUAG